GGAUCUCUCGGCGCGAUGCUGGCACGUCAGGUGCUCCCGCUGCUCGCCAUCGCAGGCUCCUUCCUCCUCGCCUCUGCCCACCCUGAUGAGGUCGUCGGAACAGACGCUCACUGCGCAAAGAAACUUGACGUUGGGGUCAACUAUGGUGAGAUGGGAGGGGCUGUACAACCUUCGACCGGGCGAGAUGUUGGUCUCGUCAAGGACGGAAAGCUCAUCCCCUGCGGUACUUCCAUCAAGGCAGGCACGGCUGGCCUUCAAGUGUGGAUGACAGACAAUGUUGCCACGUCAACCAACCAGUUUCUCUUCGAGCUUAAGUUCUCUGCGACUGGAAGCAGCACGUGGGGUUUCGCCGGAAGUGUGGACCAAGGCUCCUGCCCCACUACCCGUCUUUCCAACCCCAAGUACUCCAAGACUUCUACCGUCACCAUGCCAUCGGUCAAUGGUGACCUCACUGUGCGCGGGUUGUGGGCUGCGGACUCGAAGCACGGGAUCAUGGUGAAUGAAUGCAAGUACACCAUCGCGACAAGUGCUGCUGACAUCACCGUCGGCACGGACUGGAGAGCUGUUACUAUCCCUGAAACGCCGGUCGCUGGAUCCACCAUGUUGUCCGCCUCUUCUUCCCUUGCCCUCAUUGCUUCAUGCUUGUUGGCAUGGGUUUGCAGGAGCUACGUUUGAACGUUGCUCGAGCUGUCUUAACUUCUCCAUCAGAGGUGAAGCGAUGGAAAUAUCUAGCAAAGCAUCGUCCUGUGUAAUCAUAUUGAAAAUGAAAAU